AUGAACCGCCAAUAAACUGAGGAUCAACCAUAUAACGAUGAAAUAAAAGGGGGGCUAUAUUUCGAUGAUUUUGAAGAGUUUAAGAAUAAAUCAUCAGAUAAUUCUCUACUUUAUUACAGUUUUUAAUAAUCAAAUAAUUUUGUAUUAUAUCUUCCUAGCACAGAAAUCAAUAUUAUUUGUCAGAUCAUAGAUCAAAGAGGAUCAAUUACAAAUAUUCAAAAGAGCCUAAAUAUCUCUAAAAAGCAAGUCACAUUUAAUAAUUUAAAUAUAGAUCAAUUGACAUUUUUGUAAAAAAUUUCUUGGAUAUUUGAAAUACUUAUAAUUCAAAAUGACAAAUAGAAUUGUACACAAUUAAAAGAUGAAAUAUAUAAUUAUAUUCAAUAACAAGUGACUUCAGAUGUUUAAUCAGAAAAAUUGUUGGCCUAUUAAACAAUUAAUCUAUACAAAAAAGUAUCAAUAAAAUAGGCGAAUUCAAAUUCUACAAGGAGAUUAUUAGAAUAAAAAUAUCAAAAUUAAUGCUACAAUAAUGAGACAUCUCUCUUUAUUAUUACUAAUUAGGAAGUUACCUAGAAAAAUAGCAUUAAUAUUUCAUCAUUAACAGAAAGUUCUCAAAAAGUUUAAUCAUAAAUAGUUGAUUUAAUUUAGUUGAGGAUAAAUUUAGAAAAUUAAAACUCCCAAAGCAAUCUAAUUGUUGAUUCUCAGUUAGUUAUGAUGAUUAAAACGGUUACCUAAAUAUUAAUUGGUUCUGUACACUUAAUUGAUGAAUAAUAUCUGAUUAUUUCUUAAAAUGAAACCUCUCCCCAAUAUUAUGAGGAAGUAAUGAAGAUAUCUGAAACCUUAAUUUAAUUAAUUGAAAAUAUUACAAUUCAAAUUAGUGACAAUCUUUAAGUUAAUGGCUAGGUUUUAUCAUUUUACGGAGCUAUACUGUCAUUAUAACUUUAAAAAAUUACUAAGUCAGUAUAUAACGCACAGUUUUAAAUAUAGUAUGAUUACUUAGAUAAUUUAAUUGCAUUCAUACAAAAGUCAUAACUAAAAGUUAGUUUUAAUUAUUAUAAUCUAUCAUAAUCUUACAGAACCAUGCUUCAAAUUUACUUAAAUAGAUCAGAUUUUGAAAAUGAUUAAAACUAUUUUGUCAAAUCAUUCCUAACAAAUUAUCUUUAUACUGGUUCUUAAAUCAACCAGCUAUAAUUACAAUACAUAUUAUAAAAUUGA